GCGGUGAAUUCGCCGUGCUUGGGAGCUCGGAAGGCGGGAGCCGAGAGCGCCGAGGGUAGGCGCGGGCUGGCUGCGGGAACCACGACAGCUCUGGCGACGCGACUGGGGCGCAAGAGGUUGAAGGCCAAGACUUGCAUGAGUCCAGGCUUCGGCCUAUGCAGUGGCCACUGUCCCACUUCUUAAAGGCCAGCCUGGAUUUCCUCAUUCCAAGAAAGUCAGCAGAGCCUCUGAUCAGUGCCUGGGGAUUCCAGGGGACAGACAGCGGUAGCUGGAAGGUCCUGGCAUGGGAAGGUGUGCAGAUAGAAGCACUGAAUCCUGAGUGGAGGGGCAACCAUUAAAACAGGACACUACAAACCAAGCCUUUCCAGGUGAAGGUCCCUGAGAGAACACAGGCUCACUUCCCCCCAAAGAAGGCAUUCCCAUCACCUGCGACCUGCACACCUCUGGCAAGCAUAGAUAGAUCCCGGAGGAGGCCGCCCCAAAGAUUCCUGCUGAUGCUUGUCUGAUCCUGCCUUCUGUGAAGCAUGGCCCCUCAGGAUUACGGGACAAAUCAUAGACCCUGAGCCACACCUGCUCAGGGAGGCACACUUUACAGCCUUGCUUGGCUCCAGGUGCUGCCAAGCCUUGAGACUCACUCCCGUCCCAACAAUGCCUUCAGGAGCCAUGGCCACUGCUGUAUGAGGCCCUUGCAGAGCAGGACUUGACCUUGCUACCCAGCAAGCCUCCCGAGUGGCCUCCACCACCUCCCAUGUCUGGCUGCCAGGGCAGACUAGAGAAUGUCUGUGCCGCGGAUCCAAGUGGACGAUGUGAGUGAGAAAGACAGGCCGGCAGGGCCAGCCGCACCUCCAGAUGACCACCUCCUCAGCCUGAAGGCCCUCACUGAGAAACUGAGGCUAGAGACCCGAAGACCCUCCUACCUGGAAUGGCAGGCCAGGCUGGAGGAGCAGACGUGGCCUUUCCCAAGGUCAGCAGCCCAGCAAGAUGCAAGCUUGGAGCAGGGAGCCUGUGGAGGUGGAGAGCCUUCGAUACCUCUAAGGGAGUCCAGAGGGCUUCUCCCACCUGCCAGGGGUGACAGCCAAGGCGACAGGCCACUGACCACGGGCAAGCUGGAAGGCUUCCAGAGUAUCGAUGAAGCUAUAACCUGGCUCAGAAAGGAACUGGCAGAGAUGCGGCUCCAGGACCAGCAGCUGGCCAGGCAGCUCAUGCGCCUCCGUGGAGACAUCAACAAGCUGAAGAUUGAGCAGACCUGCCGCCUGCACCGGAGGAUGCUCAACGAUGCUGCCUAUGAGCUGGAGGAGCGAGAUGAGCUGUCUGACCUCUUUUGCGAGUCCCCUCUGGCAUCCUCCUUCAGUCUUUCCACACCACUCAAGCUCAUUGGUGUCACCAAAAUGAACAUCAACUCCAGAAGGUUCUCUCUCUGCUGAGAGGCUUUGGGAUGGAAGAGGGACCAGAGCCAAGGGUGAGACAGAGAGGGGGCUCAAACCAAGUUACCCAAAGUGGGUCUCCCUGGGACCAUGCUGGGGAAUGGAAGGCCCCAGGACCUGGUGGUCAUAUACCAGGGGCUUCAGCUUUGCAUACCUGGCUCUUCAUGUUCAAUACCCAAAGAGUCUGCAGAUGCUAUAUAAGACAGAGGUCUCAGCAGGAUCCCCAUGGCCUGCCUUCCUCUGUGGCCUACAUUCCUGUGUCCUAGAAUCACUGGUGCUAUGGUGUUGGAUCACAAAGGUGACCCCCCUCCAAGCUUGUUCCUAUAGAAAGCUGUCCUCUGGAGAAGCUGGGAAGAUUAGAUAUGUAAGACACACUCAUCUCUCAUGUACUGUUACUAACCUCUUAGUUCUAGCUCUAAUUGCCCCAAGUAGGUGACUCAGCAGCCUGGGCAGGGAUGUGCUAGGACAGGAAAACCUAAAGGGAUAACAAGAUGGUACAUGGGGACACAGGCUUCUCUUUGACGGCCACCAGCAUCCCUGGGAAGGAGCUCUGCCCUGAUGCUUUGAACUUCAGCCUUGGUGCUACAAGGCCAUGCUAUUUCCAGCUUGCUCUGUUUUGACAUAUGAUGCAUUCACCUUGUGUAGCUUUGGAAGAGGAACCCAGAGGCCCUGCUGUCUCCCCUAGCUCCAGCUAUAACCACGUUGGUUAUUUUGCUGCCACUCACAUCUCCUGGAGAAUACCUACCAGACCACUGGUGAUUAAAUGAGGCAGACAGGACACAGAUUUCCCCCAAGUGAAUUCUACUGUAGGGGACAUGACAGGGGCAUUUCUGGUGGGACUUGAUGAUGUCACCACAUCACCUUAUCCUCAUCACCAAAGACCCCAGAGAGUCCAGAAGCCCAUCCUGAGCCUCUCUCAAGACUGUGCCUGACCAAAACAAUGAAUUUUAAUUGACCAUGGCUGUUAACAAAUGUGUUGCUAACUCGUUAAUACCCGUCUGGUUCUUGUCCAAAUGGAGAGCCAGUUGAGUAAGCCACACAGAGUUUGGGGUUUAGUUUUAAGUGUUUUUUCCUUAGCAGCAAGCUUGUGAUCAGCAUAUUGUUAAGCUGAUUGGUUCAGGGAAGAUCUAGUACAGCACAUCUGGCCACGUGUAAUCCUGUUAACACAACUUUCUCAGGCAUAGGGUGUGUCUGGUGAAGCCUGUUCAUUAGCAGAGGGGCAAAGUGAAGCCAGGAAAUAGAAUGGCUUCCCUCAAGUAACCUGGCUGCUUAGUGGCAGUAAAAUAUUAAGGUGUGAAAUUAUUGUGAGUCAGGCCUAGAUGGAUCUCCUGUCAGUGAACUUCAACUCCAAAAGAUGGUCCUGAUUUUCUGCCAAAUCCUUAAGUUGCCAACUUCUCUCUCCCUCCCUUUCAGGCUCCACCUCUUCUCCCCACUUUGCAAUUUGAAGUAUUGGGAGAGGGAGAGAAGCAUGAUGCCUGGAUGGUGGGCCCUUGGCACUUACCACCUGUCACAGUCCUGUAGUCUACACCGACUGUUCUCUGUAUAUAUUGUUUCCUUUCCCUGGUAAUCCCCAUGGGCUGUGUUCAUACAAGCCACAGCACACCCAGGGAGAGAGUGGAAUGGGAAGGUAUAACUGACUGGUCAUGUAUGACUGAAUGGUCUCUUCCUUGUGAUUUCAAAGAGCCAGGAAGUUUGUGGGUUUUUUGUUUGUUUGUUUGUUUUACCAUAAUCAAGUGAGUUUCGUUCCAAAGAUAGCUCAACAUAUACAAAUCAACAGAUGUAACAUAGUACACAAAUUAAGCAUACUAUAAAUCACAUGAUAAUCUAAACAGAUGCAGAAAAUACCUUGACAAAGUUCAAUGUCUCUUCAUGACAAAUAUCCCAAGGAUACUAUGAAAAAAGGAAGCUAUACCAGCACAACAAAGGAUAUAUUAAUCUAUGACCAAUGUAUAUUAAAUGGGGGAUUUAGAGGUACAAAAGAUCCUUGAUAGACAGAGCGAGAGCUUUACUGAUUUCAAACUGUAUCAAAUGCACAUAUGAACAAAAAAGCACAGCCCACAUACCAACAGCAAUGAUUUAACACCUUGACUGAGCUAUCCAUUUUAAGUUACACUUGAUCACAAGGACGAGCAAGCCUCUGUGACAGUUCAUCCUGUUCCGUAGAAGCAACACUUAUACCAGCAGACCUGUCUGACCCUGUGGAGGCUUGCUGUUGAGAUAAAGGCUAGUUUCAUCUGCCAUUUCCUGAAGCAGCAUAUCCACUUGGUUCUGUGGUGAAGCAUCCAGUGUUUCAAACUGAUGUUCAAAUUUGUCCAUUAAGGCUGAAACCUUUCCAAGAUUCCUACAUCUCAAUGUAGCAUCCAUAGAUUUAACUACACCUGCCAUGGAUUUUGUCACCUUGCCCAUUGUUACUGCAAUUUGAACUCGGCUGCCAUAUCAUCAACCCUAUCCCUCAUUUUCAAGAAAUUGAUUGCUUGGUUUUGGUUUUUGUUACAGGUUGCAUUUUCAGCAUGCAUUCUUGCAACUUCUGGAUUGCCUUUCUGAAUGGCCAUUUUUGUCUUGGCCUUUUCAGCUUUUCCUUUAUCACAUUUCUUGGCAUUCCUAUUCAGUUCUUUCGCAGCAAUCUGCAAGUUAAAUAAGUGUUUCUCCAUGUUCAACAUGAUCUCAUGAGUUCAUGGCCGGGGAAGUGAGGGAAGGGGUUGCUAACACUAGGAACAGGACAGGGGUGGCCGCAGGUAAUGGGUCACCACCGGUCUCUAGAGCACAUGGAAAGCGGUAGUUGUACCCAGCUUCUGGAGUUUCUAGCCCACUUCCUCAUGUUUCUUUUUUAAAAGGUAGAACCAGGUAGCCAAGAUUUCUUAAAAGCCCUAAAGUCCAGAGGCCUUGACCCCAGUCCCUUCCUUAGAGACUACACAAAACACUGCCAGGUCCCAAGAGGCCUCAUCACCUCCUGCCUCCAGUCACUCACACACCACGUCAUAGAAACACAUCCCAUAUUCUAAAAACAAUGCCAAGCUGGUUGUAAGAAAUCAAUCAUUAGCCAUGCAUGGUAGUGCACAUCUUUAAUCCCAGCACUCAGGAGGUGGAGGAAGGAGGAGCAGGAAUUAGAAGACUAACCUAUGAUACAUAGUCAGUUCUCCAGGCCAGCCUGGGCUACCUGAGACCAUGUCUCAAAAAGAUAAAAAAGGAAAAAGACAUCAGUCAUUACAGAAGAUGACAGACACCCUUAGCUUAGAGCAAAGCAAAGUGGUCAAAUUAGAUGUGGUCAGUAACUAAAUAUGUGGUUGAGCAGUCUGUGCUCAGCUAACCCAGCAUCAUCUUCCUAUUUUUGUUCUCUGAGGGACUUGGUCCCAGGCAUGGGUUUAAAUGAGUUAGAUGUCUCAGCUUAAGCUGUUCAUCUCAAGUUCAUCCUAAGAGAAUCUUAUUCUGUGAUGAGAGGGAAGGUGGGGAGUGGGGGAGGGGAAGCCACUUUGUUUUCUUACAUGCAGUUAGUAUCUGUUAGCUCCCUGCCUUUCAUGGUGAGCUCAAGCCAUUAACUGUUCAUUCUGCUUGAAGAAUCCAUGCAGAAAUGUCUGUAGGUCAGUGGCAAUAUUAGCAGCCUUUCAUAGUGUUUCCUGACUUACCAUACUAUACAGUCCUGUUUGCGAUUUCAUCAUUAACCAUCUCCAUGCCCCCUCAACUCCCUGUGAGACACAAAAUAUCCACUGUGCUGCCACAAGGUCAUGUCCAAUGCCUCUGUGGGCUUCGUAGCAAUCACAGAGCCCUAGAGAGCCUGGGCAGGCCUGGCUAUAACCUGGCAUCAUCCAAGAUCUACCCCUGUAGCAAUACCAAGUGCUAUUACAUAACCAACAGAUAAUUUACAGUUUUAUUUUUAUGAUUAUUUGUUUCUAUAUUACUGUUAGAAAAAAAUGAAAUAAAAGUAUUUCAAAAGAA